GGGGCCUGUUGAAUUUUUGGCCAAGCUUGCUUCCUGUCAAACUUUUAAUCUUUUCUCGUUGUUUUACGCAUAGCUCUCGUUCUUAAAAGUUCGUGACCAGGCCUCCUUGUAAGAUCACGUUCCAUGUAUAGAGAAUGAGAACAGACGAUGUACUGUGUUGCAAGCCAGAGUUCUGGGUGUUUCUAGUUAUAUGUUUGGCUCUAGUGAUAUUUGCCGGCAUCACUUCCGGGCUCGCUUUGGGACUCCUCUCGUUUAGCCAAGUUGAUCUCGAGGUCCUCAUGAAGGCCGGACAGCCUCAUGAGAGGAAAAAUGCAGCCAGGAUCUUACCGCUCGUAAAGAACGAGCAUUUGCUUUUGUGUACCCUUCUUGUUGGAAAAUCACUGGCAAUGGAGGCACUUCCCAUUUUCCUGGAUUCAAUUCUCCCAUCAUGGGUGGCGAUUCUAAUGUCGGUCACCCUGGUACUUGCCUUUGCAGAGAUCAUCCCACAGGCUGUGUGCUCUCGGUAUGGACUCAGUCUCGGUGCUAGAUUAUCGGCUUUUGUUCGGUUGCUUCUCUUGGUCUUCCUCCCUGUAUCAUACCCAAUAAGCAAGAUGUUGGACUGGCUUCUGGGGAGGGCACAUUCGGCAUUAUAUCGGCGAGCAGAGCUGAAGACUUUGGUGGAUCUGCAUGCAAACAAGGCGGGAAAAGGAGGAGACUUAUCGCAUCACGAAACAAGCAUAAUCACGGGCGCUUUGGACUUGACACAGAAAACUGCAAAAGAUGCAAUGACUCCAAUAUCAGAAAUAUUCUCGCUUGAUAUAAAUUCCAAACUCGACAUACACACAAUGGGACUCAUUGUAAGUAACGGCCACAGCAGGAUACCUGUCUACUCGGGGACCCCAACGAAUAUAAUCGGCUUAAUACUGGUGAAAAAUUUGAUCUUCUGUCGCCCUGAAGACAAGACCCCAAUUAAGUUUCUGACUGUCAGGAGGAUUCCUAGAGUACGCGAGGAUUGGCCAUUGUAUGACAUACUGACUCAGUUCCGGAAGGGUCACAGCCACAUGGCUAUUGUCCUUAAGAGCAAAGAGGGUGCCCAAGACACGGAUAACUUUUCUGACAAGCCUGCGACUACCGUGGCAACUACCUGUUUGAACUUGAAACAGAAUCGAGAAGUGAAGAAAGGAGGACCCUGUUCUCCCUUGAGCCACAGUGAGGGAAUCAACAUCUCUGCAGUCGCAACGCCUUUAUAUUCCACUGACUCAGAAUCUCUGAGCCCGUCUUUGGCAGAUGUUAUGGAGAUGUACAAAGAUAUGCCCUCACGGUUCGAAAGGGCCAAAAACAACGAUGCGAAUAUCCCACUGGAAGAUUCAGAAUCUCUACCAGGUAACCUAGAUGAAGCGGUCAUCGGCAUAAUAACCUUGGAGGAUGUAAUGGAGGAACUCAUACAGGAAGAAAUCUUGGACGAAACUGAUGAAUAUGUUGACCUCCAUAACAAGAUCAGGAUCAAUCUGCCAUCUUCGAGAGCCUCAUUAGGAUCACCUGGAAGGGCACCGAUUUCUCGCAUCCAUUGGAGAACUCCAGAGCCAUCGCCACCUUCAUAUACUGCUAUACUGAAUUCACCCAUUUCCCCAUAUAUUCGGCCACCGCUUGGAAGACCAGUUUUAUAUGCCUCUCCUGGUGCUUCAGUCAAUUCAUCAGCCGGCUCUACAUUGCCGAUUCGCAACUCUCCUUUACCUCACAAGAUCUCAAGGAAGUCAUAUGAGAAGCUGGACUGUCCCGCCUGUUAAUGAAGAUCUUCCUGAUGCAACAAUUCGCAUAACCACCAAUAAGAAAAGAAGAAUCUCGAUCUCCAAAUUGGCCCAGAGAAGUAUGAUGGCAUGUAUUAGUCGGCGAUAUUUUUCUAGUUGUAGCGCAACCAGUGCAAAUUUGAUAGAGGCAUCGUGCGAAAAUGGCAACAGUGGAAUGGUGCGAUGCAUCGCAAAUGAUUAAGCAAGCUUCCUCUGCUGCACUAUUAGUACAAUGUUACAAAGCCAUGCAAUCCAAUCAGCUGUCAAGCUGGACAUAUCACCCAGUGUCAAACAUUUUCUGUAGAUUAGAGAAAGAAAAUACUCAGAUUUAACAUUCUGAGAUCUCCAUAGGUACGGAGAAGUAAUUUGGUCGUAUGAAACUGCUAAUCGAGUGCUGAUGACAAGAAAACAUCAAUAUCAGUCCCGCCGACAAACCGAACUCAAACACGAUAAUUUCAAUAAAGGAUGGACAUUUAUAACUAGCGCAUUCAAGGUUAUAACUUAUAAGCCAGAGUCCCAACACUUGAGAGAUAUCGGCUCGCGGCCUACUUGCUUCAUGAGAAAUAGAGAAAUGUCACCUAAAGCAUAUGAAGGCCGAAAGCCAAGAUACUUGUGCUAUAAUCUGUCCAUUUUUCAAUGUUCACUUAAUAGCUUAUACCAUGCACAACAUUUAAAUAGAACGUCUUCUCAAGAAAUAUCUUUAGCAAUUAGAGGGGAAAAGAAUCUCAGCAGAAAGUGACAAAUAAGAAAAGAAUAACCUACGAAAAAGAGUAAAAAGGAAGGCUCUGUCUGUCCACUGAUUUUUCCGGAUAAGGUAUCAAUCUAUGUGAUAUUGUCGUGUCACGAG